UUGUCAUCCAAAGGCCAAUCGGGUCAUUCCACCAUUCCUUAGACUGGUGGCUGCUGAAUAAGAGCGCUCCAAUAAUAAUAGCCCUCCCGGAGCGACCAGAUUCUUCUCGGGCGGCGAAGGAUAUCGAUCUGAAGCCUCUCUAGCGUUCCGUUGCCCUCAGCUUCUUCCUUCGUCGCCCUUCCACCAACCGACCUCGGAUUUCUUAUAUCUGUUUGCUUAAAUUUCCUUGGAAUUAGGGCUUCUGAUCUCCUCUUCGACGCAUCAUCGGGGUGAAAGGUCGAUUUUUUUUUGUUUUUUGGGCAUAGGUCGAUUUGUUUGCUUCAGGAGAGACCAUGUCAGUGCCGGCGAUCGCCCUCUACGCGAGCCCCCCUAGCGGCGUCUGCUCGACACACCAUCACCAUUCGUGCCAGAUCACCGCCUCCCAUUCCUCCACGGACUUGGACCUCAACCCCCGCGCUGCAGCUCCCGUCGCCUCCUCUUCCGCCUCCUCGGCCGCAGCCGCCGUCUCCCAGAAGCCGAUUGUUGGUGGUCUCUCCCGAAUCUUCUCGUCCACCGCCCCCGCGGCUGCUGCCUCGCGCCACGUCUCCGCUUCCGGCUUCGUCAGCACCGACGAACUCGGCUCUUUCCGACACGAUAGGUCGGACGAUCUUGGAAGCUUGUACUCCUACUCGCUUUCAUCGUCGCCGUUCAAGGGCCGAGAGCAUAGCCCGGUGUCGGUGUUCCAGGGCCCGGUGACAUGCAGCGGAAGCGGAUCUUCCAAAAGCCCGCCUUUGGUGAGGACCCCUCGGGAGUGGAUGGGAGGCGAUUGGAGAACGGGAAAAGAUAGGCUCUUUAAGGGUUUCAUUCGGAACGCCCUCAGUCCUUGCCUGGUUUAUGAUUCCCCGAGCUUUUCUACACCAAACGGUGGCACAGUUUCUGUCGAAGAGUUGCCUUUUGGUUUGGAUGACAGUAUGAUCGACACUGAAACUACCUGUGAGCCCUACGCCCAAGAAUUGUUAGCAGGGGCUCAGGCAAGACAUAAGAUUUUCCACGAGGAGAUCGUCCUCAAGGCUUUUUAUGAGGCCGAAAAGGCUCACAAGGGGCAGAUGAGAGCAAGUGGAGAUCCUUUCCUGCAGCACUGUGUCGAGACAGCAGUGUUGUUGGCCGACGUUGGGGCUAAUUGUACGAUAGUUGCUGCAGGGCUUUUACAUGAUACGCUCGAUGAUUCUUUUAUGGAUUAUGAUCAUAUUUUUCAUAUGUUUGGAGCUGGGGUUGCUGAUAUGGUCGAAGGGGUUUCUAAGUUAAGCCACUUGAGCCAGCUUGCUCGUGAUAACAACACUGCAAAUAAAUAUGUUGAGGCUGAUCGCUUGCAUACGAUGUUCCUUGCAAUGGCAGAUGCUAGGGCAGUGCUUAUAAAGCUAGCAGAUAGACUUCAUAACAUGAUGACAUUGGAAGCAUUACCUAUGGUCAAACAACAGAGAUUUGCGAAGGAGACUCUGGAAAUCUUUGCACCCCUAGCUAGUAGAUUGGGAAUCUCUACUUGGAAGGAGCAAUUACAGACUUUGUGUUUCAAACACCUUCAUCCAGAACAGCACAGAGAUUUAUCCUUGCAGCUUUUGAAAUCCUUAAAUGAAGCACUGGUUGCAUCUGCACUGCAGAAGUUAGGAAAGGCUCUGGUAGAUGAAGGUGUUUCUUAUCAUGUUCUAUCCGGAAGGCAUAAAAGCUUGUAUAGUAUUUACUCUAAAAUGACAAAGAAGAAACUUAACAUGGAUCAAAUCCAUGACAUUCAUGGUUUACGUUUAAUAGUUGAGAAAGAGGAAGAUUGCUACAAGGCAUUGAGCAUUGUGCAUCGAUUAUGGCCCAAAGUUAUUGGGAGGUUCAAGGACUACGUAACUCAUCCCAAAUUUAAUGGGUAUCAAUCAUUGCACACGGUUGUAUUGAGCGAAGAAAUGCUUCCUCUGGAAGUUCAGAUCCGAACAAACGAGAUGCAUUUGCAGGCAGAAUAUGGAUUUGCAGCCCAUUGGAGAUACAAAGAAGGUAACUGCAGGCAUGCUUCAUUUGUACUUCAAAUGGUCGAAUGGGCAAGAUGGGUUCUCAGCUGGCAAUGUGAGACGAUGAAGUCCGAACAGUGCAGAUCAAUUGGGCACACAAAUUUGUUCAGGCCACCAUGUCAAUUUCCUUCUCAUUCUGAUAACUGCCCUUAUUCCUACACACAGCAGUGUAGCCAUAAUGGACCUGUCUACAUCAUAAUACUGGAAAAUGAGAAGAUGUCCGUGCAGGAGUUUCCAGCAGAUUCCACUGUAUUCGACUUGAUGGAGAGAGCUGGGGAAGGAAACUCGAGAGGAUCUCCAUGCAGUUUCCCUGUGAAGUUAGAAUUAAGGCCCAGACUGAAUCAUGAGCCAGUUAGCGAUCCGAGUCGGAAUCUCAGAAUGGGGGAUGUCGUCGAGUUGACCCCGGCCCUUCCCGACAAGUCGUUGACAGAGUAUAGGGAAGAAAUCCAGCGCAUGUAUGAACGAGGACUUUCUCUUUCUGGCAGGCACGGUUGAGGAAGCGGAAAGCUCGGUGUUUGUUAUUCAAUCUAUUGUAUAAAUUAACUUGGUUGUAAAUAUCAACUGAUUGAAUACGAUAAUUAUAUCUACCAGUAUCAUGGCAACUGGGUUAAGGGGAUCAGUGAAGACUUGUACUUGCAAGGGAAUUGAUAAGUUGAUACUGUUACAAAUGUUUGCGUGUGGCAUUAUCACUUGUAUUAAUUUUGCUUGCCUUCA